CUGUGGAAGGUUCCGCUUCCUGCGCUGCCUGCUCCGGAGCUCCGACCCCACCCCGCUGCCCCGCCCCGGCUCCCCGAGGCCCAGCAGCCUGGCCCCGGGGCGGUCCCGCCCCUCUCGGCCGAGGCCUAGGCGCCUCCUCCCGCACCCCUCACUCCCCCGUGCUCUCCGUGCUGUUGGUGCGGUCCAUGGCGAGCGCAUCAUGGCGAUCGAAGGUGGAGAGAGAACCUGUGGAGUACAUGAACUUAUCUGUAUUAGAAAAGUCUCUCCAGAGGCAGUUGGAUUUUUGUCAGCGGUUGGGGUGUUUAUUGUCUUGAUGCUGCUCCUUUUUCUCUAUAUUAAUAAGAAGUUCUGUUUUGAAAAUGUUGGAGGGUUUCCAGAUCUUGGUUCAGGAUACAACACACAGAAGAAUUCACAAGAUAAAAUGUAUAAUUCCUACAUGGACAGAGAUGAGCCUGGUUCAUCCUCUGAAAGUGAAGAUGAAGCGCUGGGUAAAUAUCAUGAGGCCUUAUCCAGAACACACACUUCCAGGUGGCCAUUGGUGGAUUCUAGACAAAAGAACUAUGCCUGGGAAACAAGGCAAAAAUACAGCCCUUUGUCUGCAGAGUAUGAUGGGUACAGCAGUGAAGCAUCCAUAGAGGAUGGAAACUGCAUUCAGAGAAUGAGAAGGACACCUCCAUUGGAUGAGCUGCAGCCACCACCUUACCAAGACGACAGUGGUUCUCCUCACCUCUCAUGCACACCCUCUGAAAUAGGGGAUGGGAAGUGUGAGAUUUCCCACUGCAGCAACAGCCCACGGUGUUCUUUCAACAAGUGCCCCAGUGAAGGAAGCACAGGACACGAGGCAGAGAGUUUUCACAAUAAAGGAUAUGAAGAUGAUGUCCCUAGUGACAGCACCGCAGUCCUCAGCCCUGAAGACAUGUCAGCUCAAGGAUCCUCCUCACAGCUUCCUAAACCUUUUGAUCCAGAGCCAGAAGCUAAAUAUGGCACACUGGAUGUGACUUUUGACUAUGACUCACAAAGACAGAAGCUUCUGGUAACAGUGACAGCUGUCACGGACAUUCCAACAUAUAACAGGACAGGUGGCAACUCAUGGCAGGUACAUCUGGUUCUUCUACCUAUAAAGAAACAGAGAGCCAAAACCAGCAUCCAGAGAGGACCAUGCCCUGUCUUCACAGAAACAUUCAAAUUUAACCACGUUGAAUCGGAGAUGAUCGGAAACUAUGCAGUUAGGUUUCGACUGUAUGGUGUCCAUCGUAUGAAGAAAGAAAAGAUUGUGGGGGAAAAGAUUUUUUAUUUAACUAAAUUGAAUCUUCAAGGGAAAAUGUCAUUACCGGUGAUACUGGAACCUUCUUACAAUCCUUCUGGCUGUGACUCACAGGUGAGCAUGUCAGAGGUCUCCUGUGGUGAAAGCACAUCCUCCUGUCAAUCUCUGGAGCACGGCUCUGUUCCAGAGAUCCUUAUUGGGCUUCUUUACAAUGCCACCACUGGAAGACUGUCCGCAGAAGUCAUCAAAGGCAGCCACUUCAAAAACCUGGCAGCAAACAGACCACCCAAUGGACUGUUCUGUUGUCUAAAACACUUGAUAGGUGGACAGGUUUAUAUAAUCCGAGAUACAUAUGUUAAGUUAACACUGCUGAAUUCCAUGGGCCAAGAGAUGUCCAAAUGCAAGACAUCCACCCGCAGAGGGCAGCCAAACCCGGUGUAUAAGGAAACUUUUGUUUUUCAAGUGGCCUUGUUUCAACUUUCCGAUGUGACUCUGAUACUGUCUGUGUAUAACAAGCGCAGCAUGAAAAGAAAGGAGAUGAUAGGCUGGAUUUCCUUAGGUCUGAACAGCUCUGGGGAAGAGGAGCUCAGACACUGGACUGCAAUGAAGGAGUCCAAGGGACAACAAGUGUGCAGGUGGCAUGCCCUGCUAGAGUCCUGAGGAAGGCAGCUGUAAGCCCGGCACUGCCGCUGUUUCCUGGUCACCAUCAGAGGAGCCAUCCCUGGAGAGUCCCGUCAGCACCCUGCCACAGUGCUUCCCCCUUGCAAAAGGAAGGACCAUCCAGCGCUGCGCUGAGGGGAGAAGGAGGUGUCAGAAGUGCUCAGCAGUCCUCCAGAGAAUGAACAACAGCUUUUGAUUUGAAGUUUAUUUAGUGAAAGAGCUAGGAAUUUCAUGGAGAUUGUGAUUUUAAAACCAGAAUUUCCAUUGCAGCAGUAUGUAUCAUCACCCACAUGCUAUCCACAAAGCAUUAUGAUGGCCAGUCCUUGGGCAGAACUCAGUGAUCACAGUCAUAUCUCAAGGUCAUUCACACUGACAACAGUUUCAUUGCAGAUAUAUUCUCUGUGCCUCAGCCUUUCUUUAUAGUUCUAAACCCAAGUGCAAAAUUCCCUGAAGGGAAGUGUAAGGCUGGUUUCUUUGAAGUUUAUUUCUUUAUUUCCUUUUUCUUUCUGAUCCAAAGAGACCAUGCCCCAUUGGUCCCUUAUAAACUUUUCUGACUGUACUGCAGAAACUUUAUGUUCAAGCCCUUUGUACACUAUGUGUUCUAGUGUAGAAUAUGGUAGAGCAAAGCUCUCAUUUGGAAUUGCUUUUAGUGGUCAGUCUUUACAGCUGUGUGAAGUAGCUGUUGAAAAUGGAAGACAUUCUAGUUAAAGGGAAUUUUGACUAUCUGUUCCAAGUGUCCAGUCUUCAACAGGAGUAAAGCAGGUAGCAACAAAACAGAAGCUCCUGGAGUCCUCACUCACUCCCAUUUCUUUGUGGUUCGCAGCUUUAAUCCAGUUAAGAUCAUUCUUGGAUCCCUUAUGCUCUAGUGAUUUGUGCUGUGUUUUGUGAUGUCACUCUGUGCCUUUUCAUGCAAGUUGACCUUGCUUACACAGCUGGGAAGCUGUAUUGGAAAAUUUGGACUUCAGCACUCAUAGAUGUGAAGGUCCUUGGCAAUGCCAUGUCAUUGCCCCACUCUGAAGCAUGUGAGGCUGUGCACUGUGCUGGCCUACACGUGACUUGGCACUUUCCUGUCUUGUUUUCAUAUUUAGAAACCAUAGGCCAAUUGGAUAUAAUAUAAGCUAUUUUCUUCUCUUUUUCUUCUAAAAUUUUAUGCAUAUACUGUACUAGAGUAUGUUUGUGUACAUAAAAUUAUUUUCUUUUUGCUCUCUCUCAUUUCUAGUUAAACUAGACAAAAAUGUAUUAUUUACCAAUUAGUGAAAAGCUGUAUCACAAUUCCAUCCCAGCUGAGCGCUCUGGACUGUUACUGUGAACUAGAACUCAUCAGUACCCUACUAGCAGAGCCACACACUGAUUUAUUAAAAUGUGGCAGUAUGAAAGGCCUUAAACACACACACACACACAAGACCAUGAACUUCUACAUUUUUAAGCUUAAAAGAAGGCAUCUCUAUGCUUUCAAACACAGCAUUUUAAGAGGGGAAAAAAAAUACAAAUAGGAAGCGUGGAGUUAGUUUAAAAGCAGAAAUUUCAGAGCCCAGCAUGGUGGCUCAUCUCUGUAAUCCUAGCACUUAGGAGGCUG